UAAAGUAAUAUGAUAAAAGAAAAAAAGGCAAAGUAAAAUUACUAGUAUCACACAUCAAAUCGAUGGGAGAAGAAUUAACAAAAAGGAUUCUACAGUGUAUAUUAACAGAACAUUUCUACCGGGAAAACCUCGAGGAAUAGAAUAUGUCGUGCGAAUUCUUCACUAGCGGCACACCGCAUAGUCCUGACAGUCGUGUCAAAAGGCUAAUGUACAAGAAAUAUCUUCAGGCUUUCAUCCCAAUCACACAACAAGCCAAAGAUGAAUACGGUCAGCAGUGCACUACUGCAAUAAUAGAUGGCUUUGCUGGUGCUGGUCGUUAUGGUGACGAAUGGCCGGCUGAAAUUGAAGCCUAUGGUUCUCCACUGAUUGCUCUGAUGGUGAGCUUGAACCACUUCUACCGAAAAGAGCAUGGGAAUGACAAACUCUGGAGGAUACAGUCAAGUGAGAGAGACAUCGACGCCGAGAUUGUUGAUAUGGUCGCAACGAUGUCACUUUCAGAAAACGCAUCCAAUGUAGAGCCGAAAAUAGAGCUGUGUUUCAUGGAAAAUGAUGAUGCAUGUUUUAAAAGUUUGAAGGAUAAUAUCGCUGAAGUUCUCGAGUAUUUCUUUCCAAAUCCAGAUGUUUCAUACACAGAAAGCGAAACAGAAGAUGGCCACUAUCAGUUCAAAAUAACGCACCCAAAUUAUCCCAUCUCCUGCAAACUGAUUAACGAAGAAUUUACCAAUUGCAUACCCGAUAACUUACUAAUAAACAAUGAUUCGAUAAACAAUGAUUCGAUAAAGUGCCUAAUAUUCCUUGAUCCUUUUUUCUUCUCCCAAACGCCGAUGACUCAUGUUGAGAAAUAUGUCGGACCUGGCAAUUUUCUGCUGAUCAAUUUCAUGAGUAGCUUUGUAAACAGAAUGAAUGAAACCUUGUCUGAAAGAAUUGAGGCACUUUAUGGGAUUCCGUACCUGCGUAUGAAGGCUUUAGAAAAGGGAAUACCAACAGGGUCGUUGGAUGAGUACGUCACGUAUCUUGUGCGACAGUUCGAUGGUAAAGGCAAUGGAGGGCGGCGGAACAACAUUCAGAGCCGUGCAGCCACCUAUGAAAGAAUGCUGAAGAACGUUUUCGGAACUGCGACGAUGCCUCUUACUUUUGAGAUGAGAGGGAGAAAGAACAACAUUAUUUAUCAUCUCAUUUUCAUCACUGAUGAUAUUAAAGGCGUUGAAAUCAUGAAGGAAGCGAUGCAUUGUUGCUCCCAGGUUGAGAGUGAAUUGCGCAUGUCUAAUUAUCAAUUGUGUAGAAAUGACUGCAUAAUGAAUUUGGGAAAUACUAAAGAUGUAACCGUCGUCGCUGACACCCUUUAUGAAAAAUUUGAAGGUUGUUCCAAAGUCAAGAUUUCGCAAGUAAAAGACUAUGUUCUUCUUGAAACACCAUACGUUUUUCGCAAGCAAUGUCUUGCUGGUAUGGAAAAAGAUGGAAAGUUAGUACAUGUUGUUGACAUCGGUCUGCCGCCAAUGCGGAGAGAGGUACAUCCCAGCGUACACUGGACAACAGUCACAACAUGGUACCUGACUUUCCCUCCGACGGAAGAGACAGUUAAUCUUGCUAAGAGCAUAUAUGAAAACUUCGCUCGUGGUGAUCAACCUGUACCACUGAGUUACAUUAAGAAAAUGUUACGAGACCAAGAUUUCAAAGAGAAUGCACUCCUCAUGAUGGCUUCGGAGAGAGAUCCAAGAUGUUAUAUCUGUUACAAGUGCGAUAUGUUUAUGUUCGAUCAACCCGAAUGGACAUGCGUAUUAAGCAGUGACAGGGAAUGGUAUAUCGUAUUCAGACCACCUGCAAAUCAACAAAUCAAUGGUCAGAUCGUCCCUGGUACUUGUCCCAUCGAAUCUUAUUUUCCAUAUCAACCAAUAUCUUUCUGAGCCCGGCAUACCGCAAGUCGUCUGUCCUGCCGAAGAUAGUACAAAUGGAAGGAAAAAACUGUGCUUUAAAAACGCCCAAAAAAAAAACAACUUUUCAACACGUGACCAAUUCUCAAAUUUCGCUUUUUUUUCAGAAUGGUUAUUAGUUGACACUUUAGUUCUAAAUAACGAGAACGAUGUAAUUGUGACAUAGAUUAAUUAUGGAGAGUGACAAAAGUAACAUAUAAACUGUUGCAUGAAAUUCAUUUAAAAUUGUUUGCUAACUAUUGAAAUAUUUGUACACUCUGCAAUGAAAGAGCUAUAACAUACUGGUUGAAAUGUUCGAAAAAAAAAACCAAAAAACAUGCAACAAUGACUGUGGUAAAGAUUAUUUAUUGAACAACUAUUUGUAACAAGUUUCAUUGCAGUGCUUUUUAUAUAAAAGUUUAUUUUGGAAAUAAUUACAUAAAUUUUAGACAAGCUGUCA